UACAGGUGACUGAUGCCCGAUGAGAAGGUGAUAGUGAAAUAUACCUUUGUCAGCUUCAAGAAAGGAACCACGAGACAGGUGACUGAUGCCCGAUUAGAAGGUGAACGUGACAUAUACCUUUGUCAGCUUCAAGAAAGAAACCACGAGACAGGAUGUAGGCUGUCACAAAGCUUGGAAGUGGAUCCUCCACCUGUGUGGCUGAUGACUCGGACCGUAUCGGGGAGAGGAGUCUAAGGUGCCGCUGAUCUUCACCAGAGCCCGCAGCAAGGCAGGAUGGACUUGCUGUGGCUGCCAACACGCAGGUCGCUACCCCCGACACGGCUCGACCACACAGGUAACUGGGCAAGGCGAGGUACCGAAGGAGGAGGCUGUAGCAUAGUCAACGUAGCAGAAGGUCAAGGCAGGCGGCAAAGUGUAUAGUAGGCAAACAAGGUGAAAGCCAGCUCACCCCGCCCCAGACAGUAGAGCACGGAUCCAGGCGCUGGACGGCACCAGCCAAUGAGAAAAUGAAAGAGAACGGAUCCAGCUCAAUGCAGAGGAUGAGAAUGCGCUGACAUUGUGAGGAGACGUCUGGGCGUCACAUUCUGCUGAGAGAAGUUUUAGCUGGAACAAGUCCUGGCGACGCCAAGUGGAAAGAAAAACAAUUUCUGCAAAAACCGCGGACAAACUCCUGCCAACCAACCCAAGACCCGCCAAAUGGCGUACACCUUAUUGCCCGGAAGAAGCGUCAAGCCGUAACGCGAAACUAGUCGCCUCUGGUGGUGUGCACCCGUGUCUUAAGAGCGGCUGCUCUCACUCCCCACAUGUAGUGACCGUAUUUUAUGUUCCACUUUGCCGGUGUGAAUAAAGGACAAGAAUUUAUAUACUGCUACCGGAUGGCGCGAUUACGUAGAUCCGAGGCCGGAAGAAGCACACACUUACGUGCAAAACUGCCGGUGUUGCCUCUGAGAGUUACCACCAUGCGUCCACGCUGAGACUUAGUGGCCCGUGACCCGGACUCCGGAAUGCAGUGACAAGUACUGAGUGAAACACAGCAUAUGUGGUUAAGUUUUAUCAGCUGCAUAGCAGGAGGAGUCUUCCUGGCCGCAUGUCUGCUGGAUAUUGUUCCUGACUUUCUAGAUGAUAUGAAGGAGGCAAUGAAGCAGCAGCAGAUAACAACAGAUUACCCGCUGCCAGAAUUUAUCCUGGGUAUUGGCGUUCUCCUGGUUCUGAUUGUAGAACGCGUUGUCCUGGAGUGCAGUGCUGGGAUGAAUGAAGAGUACACCCCGCUAUUAUCAGGCACUGAAAACUCCCCCACUUCUGAGGAGCAUUUCAAUGGCCAUUCACAUAACCAACAUCAUGAUGUAGAACAUGCAAGGCGCCACUUCCACGUGGAUUUCAAUGCUCACUCCUCCUUCCGUUGCUUUAUACUUAUCCUUUCCCUGUCUCUGCACUCCAUCUUUGAAGGAAUUGCCAUUGGACUCCAGAGUGGACAGUCAGAAGUCCUACAAAUAGCCAUUGCUAUUCUCAUCCAUAAAAGUAUCAUUGCUGUGAGCCUAUCGCUGCUAUUGAUGCAGAGCAAUGUCAAAAUCAAGUGGUUUGUGCUUUCCAUUGUCAUGUUUGCCCUUAUGUCACCUAUUGGCAUUAGUAUAGGGAUUGGGGUAAUGCAAACUGAAUCCAGCGGAAGUAGUCUUGUUCAGGCCGUUCUUGAAGGUUUAGCUGCUGGGACUUUUGUCUAUAUAACAUUUCUGGAGAUUUUACCUCAUGAACUAAACUCCAACAAAUGGCGCCUACCUAAAGUGCUUUUCAUUUUGUUAGGAUUCGCAAGCAUGGCAGGACUGAGGUUUUUGGGGUGAGAACAAUCCUCUUAUGAUUUUAACUUUUUUUUUUUUUUUUUUUUUGCCAACUUGUGUUCCUACCUCUUUAUACUUGAGAGGUUCGAGGGUAGGGAACCCAUUUUAUUUUUUUUAUGCACUGAAAAUAGUUUACGUUUUCUUUAUGGACAUUUGCAAAUAUUUUUUUGCUUAUCAUUAACCUAAUAUUUGAAUGACUCUACAUGAAAAUCAUGAAAGCCUUUUAUAUAGUAGGAUUUUCAGAAAACUAAUCCAUAGACAAUUCAAUACUACCCUAGCAUUAACAAUGUAGUUUUAGUUGUUGAAAGCAUCUUUUUUUAUAUCUGCCAGCUUUACUGUUCUAGCCGAUCGGAGGAAAUCAAUCAUUUUGUCAUUUAUUUUAUGAUUCUAACAGGAUUAUCUGUGAAAUAUUGAUGGCCAAGCCUAAGGAUAGGCUGUCAUCCUCUGAUCAGUGAAAGCUUGACCCCCAGGGACCGCCAUGGCAUUUCCAUAUUGUGAUAAAGCAUGAGGGAUGUCCAGCUGAAUACAGACAUCUUACUUAGGCUAGCCAUCAUUGUUAUUCCUGGAACAGACACUUUAACAGGAUUCUGUCAGUGCAUUUGCAUGCUGUGAGCUGCAGACGUGGGCUAAUUGAUAAUGAGGCAAUUUUGUAGGUUAUAAAAUACAGUUUUUGUACUCAGCCCAAGUGUCCAGGAGGCGGGGCCAAUCUGUAGAAGUGUCCAUAGCAUUGCAUGUCUCUUUGCUCCACCACCUUUCCUUGUCCAGUGAUGCCUUUGCCCACAGCAGGGACUUCACAGCAGUGAGCAGCUCAGCCCCUACUCCAGGACUCCAAAAAUUGGGUAUUAUAACUAUAACAAUCUGGUUUGAGACCGGUAUGAUUGAUUUUAUUGUCUCAUUUUGGGAGAUUUAUUAAAACUCAUGUAGAGGAAAAGUUGACCAUAGCAACCAAUCAGAUUGCUUCUUUUAUUUUUCAGAGGCACUUUCAAAAAUAUGAAAGAAGCGGUCUGGUUGGUUGCUAUGGGCAACUGGGCAUAUUUUCCUCAGCACAGGUUUUAAUAAAUCUCCCCCACUGUCUUUUUGCCCAUGUCUGCAGCUAAUAGCAUGCAAAUGAGCUUCCAGACUCCCUGUAAUAAGCCCAGUGCCUUUACCUGCACUUUACAAGAAGACAGUUACUAAAGACAAAUAAUAAACCAUUACUAAAUAUUAUUUUGUGUUUGCAUAUAUGAUCUGUGUUCAAUAAUAUUAUUUUGCUGUAAUGCCAAAUACUAUGGGGGAAUUUAUCAACAGGUUUAAAGCCUUUUCUUGGUGUAGACUAAAAUGACUUUGGUUACACUUGUUACAUACAUGCAUAUUAUUCACAAUCUACAAUGUGUUUCUUUUCCUUGUUGAGUGCAUUUUAGACCAUUUAUCGCCUCUAGUAGGCUGCUCACGUUGCCUGAAAUAGUCUUCAGAGCAGGGGAUGCGUCCGUAAGCAAGCAUGGGCGGCUUCUACACUCGUAAGCGCAAACAUGGUGCUGUCCAAUCACAGCAGACCCUUCUGUAACCCCCCUCCUUUCAGUUUAAAAGUGGCACUUGGUACACAGAGAAGGAUUACAGCAGCCGCACUGACAGUCUGUGCAUGCUCCCGUCAGUAUGACACAGGAGUGCUGGGUCUGCCUUCCCAGGUCUGUGUUUCUCAGAGCAGGGACACAGAUGAAGUAGAGGGAAAUGGAAUAUCAAAUUAGCCUGUAUGGGGACACCUAGUGGCCAAAUUUUUAACAGCCAAAAAAUAAGGUAAAAACAAGAAUAUUUUUUAUGGAAAUAUAUAAAAAAUAAGUCUUAGAUUUACUAGAUCUGCAACAUAAAAAUAGUUUUUGUUAGUGACAGUGCAAAACUACAACCAAGUUGUAGUUUUGUAAAAGCUGGAGGCACCCUGGUUAGAAAGCACUGCAUUAUAGCUUAGUUCUCUUUACUUGAUUUGUGGGGAGGGGGUGUAAGCUACAAUACUAGAUCUAUCUUAUGUUCAGCCGGCUUCUCUUACUACAGACUGGGAUCAGAGAUGAUCGAGGCAGCAUCAACUGGUAAAUUAAAGGGGGGAAAAAAAUGCACCUGCUAAACCUUAUUGAUCUAUAAUGGGGUCUGCUGAGAGAUCCGUAUUUGUGAUUGAAAAAUGUUACAUGAGCGCUGCUAUUGCCUUUUUAAAUUCUGUGAUAUCUGCAAUACUGUUUCUAUUCUAAUGUAAACAGUUUUGUGUCAAAUUGUUAUGUGUCAAAUCAUAUUGCUUAAGAU